GUGGAGAAAGACCUUUGGCCCCGUCGGCUUCCGACAGCACGCCAUGGCCCGGAGUAUGUUAAUAGUGGCUUUGGGGGCCAGUGUCCUCUCCUGGGCCAAUGCUUGCUCCUCCUUCGAGUUGAACACAAGCCACGGCUUCAAGGUCCUUGGUCACACCAUGGAGUAUGGCAAGCUCAUGAAUUCCCCAAACUGGGUGCUUUUCAUGACACCGACGAAGAGCGAAGUGUUUCUGAACAACAAGUCCACCGUGAAGGCAAAGUUUGGGUCUUGGGAAUUGGCAUCCAGCCGAACUAUGCUGAUGGUAUGAAUGAGGCGGGACUCACGGUUAAUCUGCAGUCCCUAUAUCGCAGCGAAUAUCAGAAAUGCGACCCCUCCUCGAAAAACACCAUCUUCAUCCAGAACCUUGCGACAUGGAUCUUGACUUCGUUUUCAACAGUCGAACAGGUCCGAAAAGCAGUUACGGGCAAGAGGUAUUGCGUCAUGAACCCAAUCUCCGAUACAAACACCAACACUCACUGGGCUAUAUCGGACAAGGAUGGCGGCUCGAUUGUCUUGGAAUAUGAACGUGGGGUGCCCACGGUUCAUAACAACUAUGUGGGAAUCAUGACCAAUGACCCCUUCUACCCAUGGCAUGUUGACAACCUGAAUACCUAUCGGUGGAUCUUGCCAGACGAGGGCGACAACAAGAAGCUGCUCCUUGGAACUGGAGACGUCUUGGCAGGUCAAGGUCAGGUGCCCUGGGACCAGGGUCACGGCUUCAAUACCGGCGGCUUACCGGCAGAUGCCUCGCCGCCGUCGCGCUUCGUGAGGAUGUUCUUCACCAGGCAGAUUUCACAGGUCAAUUCUCGGCCGGAUACCCUCGACGAUUGGAUGAAAUUGGCUCAAGGAAUUCUAAAUGACAUCUUCAUCACGAAAGGCUUCACUGCCCCGAACCCCAACGGCCCGGUUAUACUCGAGAGUGACCACACGUCUUGGGCGACCAUCCGCGUACCUAAGACGGGCUUCUACGCCUAUCGCACCUACGGGAACAUGCAGUGGCAGAAGGUGGACACCACGAAGCUGGACUGGACUCGGCAGAAGACGCUGCCCACCUCGAACAACUUCCAAGCAAGCUUGAAAGACAUCACCUA